AUGUGGACAGCCUGGCCAUUGGCACGCUCAGUGUCCGGAGAGUCGCCGUGCUGUGAACACCAGCAACCCUCGGCCAGCGUCGGGAAACGCCCAGGGGUCCGCUUAACUGGGGGAAAGUGGACCCCGCAAAGAAACCCCGUCAUGGCGGAGCAGGAUCCCUUGGUGAUAGUGGUCAGGAGGACCACCGUGGACGACCAUUGCCACGGCAUGGUCUCUGUGAAGGGAGUGACCUGCACCGCCUUGGUGGAUACUGGUUCAACAGUAACCAUUGUGCGGUCAGACGUCUUGAAAAGGCGUCAAAGGAGACUGUGGCUGAUGGAGGGAACCACUGCCCGGGUAUGGACUGUAACAGGGGAGCUGGUGCCGAUGGAGGGAAAAGGAAAAGUGACAAUCCGCAUUGGGGGGCAGUUGCUAAAGCACCCAGUGUGGAUUGCCCCAGUCAAGGACGCUUGCCCAAGUCCCUCCGUCGCAUCGGGGCCCAUGUGGACUUAUGGGCGUGGGUGUUGCGUAUUUCUGGAGGUCCAGCCCUUACCCUGGUUGGACCUAGAACAUUGGGUCCGUCGGCUGAAGGAGCGCAGCCACCUACUUACUCCUCGAGUCUCUGAGUCUCUGAAUUGUGCUCUUAUAGCUGCUCAGGUCUGUUAUGACAGGCUGGGGUGCUUCGUAGACACCAUGCCAUGGGCUGGGACUCUACAGAGGCCUCUUGGCAAACUGCCUUGGCCUCCAGAAAGAAUCAAGACCACCUUUCUUCUCUUCACCAAGCAAAACCCCAACACCUUCCAGGAAAUCUCAGCACUAAAUCCAUCAUCCAUUUUGGCAUCAAACUACAAAGGAAACAAAAACACACGCUUUAUUGUCCAUGGUUUUAUUGACCAAGGAGAUGAAAACUGGCUCAAGGACAUGUGCACGCUGAUGAUGCAAAUAGAAGAUGUGAACUGUAUCUGUGUUGACUGGCAAGGAGGGUCGAGAACCGGCUACCUUCAGAGUUCCCAUAACAUCCGAGUCGUCGCGGCGGAAAUUGUCUACUUGAUCAAAUACUUACAGAGCAACUACAACCAGGCACCUGCUGAUUUCCAUGUUAUUGGCCAUAGUUUAGGGGCCCACUGUGCGGGAGAGGUCGGCAGGAAAAUCAAAGGUCUUGGAAGAAUAACAGGCCUAGACCCUGCACAGCCUUAUUUUCAGAAUGCAUCGCCUUUAGUCCGAUUGGAUGCCAGUGAUGCAGUUUUUGUUGAUGCCAUCCAUACUGAUUCAGCACCCAUGGUCCCUAAUCUUGGAUUCGGAAUGUCCCAGGCUGUUGGCCACCUUGACUUCUAUCCAAAUGGAGGAGAACAGAUGCCGGGAUGUAAUAAGAAUGUUAUUUCAAAAAUUAUAGGUUUGGAUGGCAUAUGGGAAGGAACCCGGGAUUUUGUGGCCUGCAAUCAUAUGAGAGCUUAUAAGUAUUACGCCGAUAGCAUCUUAAACCCCGGAGGCUUUGUUGGAUACAAAUGUAAUUCAACUGAGGAUUUUGUGGCUGGGAAGGGUUUCCCAUGCCCUACUGAAGGCUGUCCUGUGAUGGGUCACCACUCUAUUACAUUCAAGGCACGUGCUGGCACUAAAAACAUGAAGUUCUAUCUCAACACCGGCGAUGCCAGACCCUUCAUGCGCUGGCGCUACAAGGUUACAGUAACUAUAACCGGUGACCGAGAUGUGUCAGGCACUCUGAAAGUGUCCUUGUAUGGGACAAAGGGAAACACAAGACAGCAUGUAAUCGCCAAAACAAAACUUAAACCUGGAAGCACAUACAGUGCCUUCAUUGAUACAGAGGUGGAUGUUGGAGAAGUUCAAAAAGUGAAGUUCCUCUGGGAUAACAGUCAAAUCAACCCACUCCUGCCAAAGUUUGGAGCACAGUUAUUGGUCUUGCAGAGCGGAAAGGACAGACAGAUACUGCAGUUCUGUGGGAGUGGGUCGGUCCGUAAAGAGGUCCUGCAGUCCCUAGUUCCAUGCUAAAAUGUGUAGAGUUAAUGUUGACA